AUGGCCGAGUUCGUCCGCGCGCAGAUCUUCGGCACGACCUUCGAGAUAACGUCCCGCUACACAGACCUGCAGCCCGUGGGCAUGGGUGCGUUCGGGUUGGUGUGUUCGGCUCGCGACCAACUCACCAACCAGGCCGUCGCCAUCAAGAAGAUCAUGAAGCCGUUUAGUACGCCGGUCUUAGCCAAACGAACCUAUCGCGAGCUGAAGCUGCUGAAGCACCUGCGCCACGAGAACGUCAUUUCGCUGAGUGACAUCUUCAUCUCGCCGCUGGAGGAUAUCUACUUUGUGACGGAGCUGCUCGGGACUGAUUUGCAUCGGUUGUUGACCAGCAGGCCGCUGGAGAAGCAGUUUAUUCAGUACUUUUUGUAUCAGAUUAUGCGCGGCCUCAAAUACGUGCACUCGGCGGGCGUGGUGCACCGCGACCUUAAGCCGAGCAACAUCCUGAUUAACGAGAACUGCGACCUCAAGAUUUGCGACUUUGGCUUGGCCCGUGUCCAGGACCCGCAGAUGACGGGCUAUGUGUCGACGCGGUACUAUCGUGCCCCAGAGAUCAUGCUCACGUGGCAAAAGUAUGAUGUUGAGGUUGACAUCUGGAGCGCUGGAUGCAUUUUCGCCGAGAUGAUGGAGGGCAAGCCGCUCUUCCCCGGCAAGGACCAUGUCAACCAGUUUUCUAUUAUUACUGAGUUAUUGGGCACUCCGCCGGAUGAUGUGAUUGAGACGAUUGCGAGUGAGAAUACCCUCCGCUUUGUGAAGUCACUCCCCAAGCGCGAGCGGCAGCCGCUCAAGAACCGGUUCAAGAAUGCCGAACCGGCCGCUAUCGACCUCCUCGAGCGCAUGCUCGUCUUCGAUCCCAAGAAGCGCAUCACGGCAGCCCAAGCACUCGAGCACGAGUACCUUGCGCCAUACCAUGACCCGACCGACGAGCCGGUGGCCGAGGAGAAGUUCGAUUGGAGCUUCAACGACGCUGAUUUGCCGGUUGACACAUGGAAGAUUAUGAUGUACGCCGAAAUCCUCGAUUUCCAUAACGAGGAAGGUGGUCUCUACGGCCAGGAGGAGGCGGAAGCGCAAGAAGAGCAGCUUAAUAAUAUCCAAUGA